CACGCUCAUAUAAUGGGUAUCCCGCGAGUAAGGCGACACUUGAGUCCUUUUUGCCAGGCAGUCUUACUUCAGGGCGGCGCGGAUGCCGACUUUGAGUGCAUAAAAUCUGUUGUGAUUGAUGGGCCAAGCCUGGUUUACAAUAUCUACGCACGCCUAUUAUCAUGGUUUUUGACGACCAGCUCUAAUAUGGUUGACGCCUUGCCGACCUGCGACGAAGUAAGCCGCGGGGUCAUGCUUUAUUUGAUGCAUCUGAAGAUGCUUGGCGUUGAGAUUGAGAACAUCUAUUUCGACGGCGCAUUGCCUGCACAUAAGCGCGAAACCCGAGUUGCCCGACUUGAGAAUCAAAGGAAUAAACUUGAAUUGUUUUGUGCAGAAACUAGAAAUGGCUUCGACAUGUCCAAGCCUCCCGUCUAUAACAGAAUUAUCAAACCUGAUAAUGUGCUACGCAGCCGUCCUACACCCGCUAAGUACGGCAAUAUUCCUGCCAAUCCCUUUAUGGUUUCGGCAGUGUUCGAAGACCUAAAGUGCCGCUGGAAUAGAGCAAAUAUCCUCGAUUCUAUCAGGGAUACCUUGCCCGUACACACGAUUGACAUUGAAGAUUUACCUUGGGCGAGUGUUACGACCAUGGUAUCAGGUGAAGCUGACACGUACUGUGCCUCUGUCGCUAGAUGUAUGGGCGCCUGCAUACUUACGAAUGACUCGGAUCUUCUUCUCCACGACCUCGGAAAAUAUGGUUCGGUCGUCUUCUUAGAUUCGGUGGAGUUACGAGCAGGCUUUGAGCAGCCACUAUUUCCUCAAAUCAAAGCUACGAUGCUGCGCCCUUCACUUGUGGCUCGGCGCUUGGGAAUUCGUAGCUUGCUAUUGCUUGCAUUUCAGAUAUCGAAGGCCCGGCCAGAAACUAGCUUGGUAGAGCUACUUCGGCGGACAAAAAUGGGCAUCGCUGAGGUGGAAAUGGCCAGAUAUCAGCAAUUCGCCAAUAUGGGUUACCCACAUGUCUACCUUUCUGUUCUCAAGGAAGAUCAUACAAGACAAUGCGCGUGGGCCAAAGGCCGCAAAUAUCGCCAACUUGCAUAUUCAAUCAUGAACCUCUCCCGUCCUAUCGAUGAGAGGCAUUGCUUUAUAGCAGAAUUCGUCCGGCGCGGUCGGCGAAUUUCUGAAGAUAAAUUGAGACUACUAGAUGAAGGAUCAAUAUUUGCCGAGUUAGAACUGCUUAAAGCCCGUCUAGAGUCUUUGCAAAGCAGCUUCAAAAAGAGCAGUGAUAAUCUAGACUACUGGGCAGCUUUUGCUCUCUGCGACGUAUACCUCGUUGCAGAUGCUGAGCUUGCUCAGAACGACUUCCAGAAACUGGAGCAGUUCCUCAAACACGGCUAUAUUGGUAAAAAACUCAAAUGGGAGGAUAUCCACCUGACAGCGCAGAUACAUGCGGUCCUAUAUUCUUUGCGGAUCUUAAAACAAAUCCUCGAUCUCUUUCAUCCGAUGGACGUGGUGGUACUGAACCUAAGGGCAAUCCUCGAUAAGCUUCCCCCAUUGCAUAUCAUGAUGGACCCUGCUUCUCGCCGUGCAGAGGUAUACAUGAGUAUCCUUACUACUGUACAGCUAUCAGAUUGCUUUGGGUGCUUAGUACAGAGGCGGCAAUCCGACUAUACGACCAGCACUGGUACUGAGACAGCAAAGCGUGAACCCCGAUCUUUUUCGCAUGUCGGAACUACUGAGCAGGGCGCUGGUGAUCGUAUCCCAUCGCACACAUCCAAUAUAUACGAGCUACUCCAGGAGGAGUAA